UUGAAAAUCGCCAAAAUGUUCUAGAUUUAGUUUAACCGGAAUGAUUAAUGGAGUGAAUUUAUUACAGUAAUUGAAUAUUUAUCCAGGAUAACAGCACUGUUGUCAACAGGGUCCUUGCUGGCUAAAUAAUGGAAACUAAAACCAUCAAAAACUACCACCUUAAAAAUAAAAAUCGUCAAACGCAUUUCUAUAAAUUACACUCUAGAUCUCUGACUUUCAACCCAUGAUAAAAACUUUAUUCCAUCAUGGAAAUAUGGGACAAGUAUUGAUUUUCACCCGGCAAAAUACAUUACUGGUUAUGGUCUUGCAGUUGCAUAUCAAAUUCAGCUAGACAUACUUGAACUUUUGUCUUAUCAGGAACCAAGAUAUGCAUGAUUGUCUCUUAUUGUAGGCUGACCCUCAUCAAUAAAUAAUAAGUAUACAGGUUUUACAAAAAUGUUUGCCUCAGAUUAUUGCAGCAUUGUCUACAACCCAUUGUGUUGAAACAAAUACACUGACCUCUUGUUCAAAGUGUUUAUUUAGGCCGUUUUAAAAAUUAAUUGCAAUUAAUAGGAAACAUAUAAGUUACAACGGAUGUGAUAUGCUGUAUGCCGAACUAGUCGGUAAUGAAGAAGGAUUGACCCGGAUUAAACAAGACGAUUGACUUUUAUUCCGCCAUCAGAACUCGUGCUCUCCGACUACAACUUUCCCUGAAUCAGAAUCAGAUCAGGAAAAGUCUCUUAUAUCUGAACAAUCCACAGUGUGUGUCACAAACGUUGUGACUUCUCUUGAGUCAAGAGUCAACUCCAGUUGGUAAUACUUUGCUACCGUUCAAACUCUGCAAUAUUUCAUCAACCGUUGGGAUAGAAUGUCGCUCUCUCAGUAUUGGCUUGUUCGCCCUACGCAUGUCUAUGCAGAGACGUAUGUCUCCCCCUGACUUGGGAACGACAACAACCGGAUUAACCCAUGGGGUGGGCCUAGUUGCCGGCUCUAGAGGUCCAAGUUAAUUAGUUCUUGGACCUUCUCUUCCACCUUUGAUCUCAGACUGAAAGGGGUCCUCCGUAUUGGCUGUGCUACCGGCUUUACGUUUGGGUCUAUGUGGAGUUGUACCGCUCCGUCUUUCAGUUUUCUGACGCCACUGAAGACUUGCGGGUAUUUCUCUUGCAGGACUUCACCAAUAGUUUGUGAGCCUGUGUUUACUGCAGCAAUGUCUAUCCCAAUCUUUAACACAACAAGGUUCGUUGCAGUGUCCCUUCCAAUGAAGUGACCCUCGCUUGCCGUUGAUCACGCAGAACUCGGCAUUAAUGGUGCUUCUCCCCACGGAGACCUCACAAGAGAAUGUUAUUACAUCCAAGGGGGUCUGGGACGCGUACGCGUAGAGCUUAUUGUCUGAACGAGCUGAUUUGCAUUUCACUUUGUUUCUCUUCAGCCACUCCCAUGUUUGCUUGUCGAUGAGGUUGGUACUUGCUCUAGAAUCUAUUAUCACACUUAAUUUACAUCCACCAAUGAAGACUUCAAUUUUCUUUUGCUUUUAUCGCCUAUUGCAAACGCAUAUUCUGGGUCAUCUUCACCCUCUUGAGUAUCUACCGUAUUCGCAGAGCCUCCCUUGGGACCCCUGUAGCGCUUGGGUUUCCUUUUCCCUCCUUCACGUUCAUGUUUUGUCUUGAAAUGCUCUUGGAAAUGUCCUUCCAACGCACGUUUGCGACACUGCUGACCUCUUGCUGGGCAAUUCGGGUCUCUACUGAUAUGCCCGGCUCUGCCACAUCGGUAGCAAGUGAGUCGCGACUUCUUCCCAGGACCUCUCUUUGUUUCUUCUAUGCGGUUUACACCUGCUGAGUCCUUUUCUUUUGCGUUCACCCCUUGUCCUUCUGUAAGUUGUGUGUCCACUUUUUCACAGCUUUCAGCUACUUCGAGCUCUUCCAGGAGUUUUCGUUUUACGUACGUACUAGUGCACUUGGAAAGGAUUUCAUCGCGGAUUUGAUUGUUCGUGUCGUCUCCUUAUUCACAAUCCUUGGCUGCCCGCCUUAGUCUGGUUAAAAAAAAAACUGUCGAAUUGUUUCCCCAGGUGCUUGUGGUAGCUCUCUGAAGCGGUGCCUAGCGUGUGUUGUUUCGACCUUUGGAACAAAGCAUAUAUGCGUUAAAUGCAUCCACAGCUUUCUUGAAAUCCUUCACAUCUCCUGUGUACGGGAUUGAGUAGAAGAUGUCUUGAACGUCAGGUCCGGCUAAAUGGAGCAACAAUGCACAUCUUCUCUGUAUGUAUGUACGUUUCCUCUUCCUGUUGUUUGCAUUUUCUUCAUUCAAGAGCAGGCCUUUGCCGUCCGCAAACAAUUCGAACGCUACAAGCCAACGUUUCCAAUGUAGACUAAGCGUUUUUUGGUCGCCGUGACAGUCGAAUAUUUUUGAUGUGGUUUCUUACGCUAUCAUCCAGGUUACCUACAAAGUAUCCUUCCGUUCUUGCUCUUCGGGGGCUCUGUAUCCUCGUCGCCAGAGUUAUGUGCCGAACUAAUCGGUAAUGAAGAAAGAUUGAACCGGAUUAAACCAAACGAUUGACUUUUAUGCCGCCAUCAUAACUCGUGCUCUCCGACUACAACAAUCAGGCGUUAUUCUCCCUGAAUGAGGGGAUCUGGGUCCUAAAACACUACAGAAUAAUGCAUUGAAAAAAAGCAAAAGUAAGAAAACAGUUAGUCUUCAACAAAAUUUCGGCAAAAUAAACGUUUCUUUGUUUAGGUAGACCAAGACCCUGAUAAACCUGAGGAAUCAACUAUUCAGCAAGAUAAUGCUGGUCACAAUCCUCCUGCCAUGGAAAAUGCUUCACCAGCCAAUGCUCAAUCUAGAAGCGGGAAAAGUCCUCCAGUGGACAGAAAGGGCGUGUCUGGCAAUGGGAACAACUCCCUAGUGAGCAGAGCAAGUAACUUCUUGCCCUAUGCAGCUGUAGGAGUGGCAGCUGGUACUGCCGCUGUGGCAGCCACUCCACUGGUUCUUAGUGCUGCUGGCUAUACAGCUGGAGGUGCCGCUGCUGGCUCAGUUACAGCUUUUAUACAAUCAGCAGUUUAUGGAGGCUCCGUGGCCUCUGGAGGUACCUUUGCGUUCCUACAGAGUGCAGGAGCUGCGGGUAUUGGGACAGUCAGCCGUGCUGCCAUUGGUGGGAUUACGGGAGGGAUUGCGGCCUUGGGAGCAAAGAUGUUUGUAUGUCUCAAUUAAAAAUCGUUUAUUUUUUUAAGUGUUUACGGGCAUGUUUUAUAAGGGUGUCAAAUUUUCAUUUUCACUGAACGUAAUUGUAUUAAGUGCAUGUGGUAUUCUUUAAAAGUAAUCAAGAUUUGAAAUAAUAUAAACUCUUGUGAGCCCAGUUACGUAUUAUACGACAUUUAGAGCCUGUUUACAAGGAAAGAGGGUUACCCUAGCAAGCGGGUUACCCUAGAACUCACACAUUUCCUCUUUCUUUU